ACAGCCGGUGAGGCGGCGCUGUCAUGGUGUCCCCCGGUGGGAAAGGAGCCCGGAGCUGGCAGGAUGUGGCGGGCGGAGGGAGCCCCCGGAGAGACGCGGAGAUGGUGCACUCGGUGGAGGAUGGGGGGGGGCUGUAUGUGGCUGUGGAGCGCUGCCCGCUGUGUAACACCACCCGCCGGAGGCUCACCUGUGCCAAGUGCGUCCAGAGCGGGGACUUCGUCUUCUUCGACGGCCGGGACGCCGAGAGUUUUGCAGACAAGAGGGAGAGAUUAAACCGCUUAAGAGAAACACAGCUGGAUUUUCAAAAACAAGUUGCAACUGUCAUAGAGGGGAAUCUGGUUACAGAUAAGCUGAAAUGGAAGAUCAUGUCUUGUAAGAUGAGGAUUGAACAACUAAAGCAGAGCAUCUGGAAUGGAAAGGACGAUAUGGCAAAGAAUUCAGAUCUAUUGUCCAAGUCCAGAAAACACAACCAGGAACUUUACCUCAGAAGCCAGAGGCACCAGGAGAAGAAGGAGAAGAUUCAGAGGCGUAAUUACAAGCUCAGCGUGAUCGUGGAGAAGCGGAAUAAAGAUUUGAAGAACCGCCACGGGGAGUUGGCCUGUCUGCGGCGCUCGCAUAUACUAGAACUGACUUCAGUUAUAUUUCCUAUAGGGGAAGUGAAAAAUAUAACAAGGGAUCCUGCAGACGUGUCAUUUGAGAGUGACAAUGCAAUGACCUCUAGCACUGUGAGCAAGCUGGCAGAAGCUAGGAGGACCACUUACCUUUCUGGCAGAUGGGUGUGUGAUGAUCACAAUGGAGAUACCAGCAUUAGUAUUGCUGGACCUUGGAUAACGCUACCCAACAAUGGGGAUUACUCUGCCUAUUACAAUUGGGUGGAGGAGAAGAGGAGUGCGCAGGGACCAGAAAUGGAGCAGAAUAAUCCUGCGUACACAAUCAGUGCUGCCUUAUGCUAUGCAACCCAGCUGGUCAACACUCUGUCACACUUAUUAAACGUCAACCUUCCCAGAAAGCUUUAUAAUAGUGAGUUUUGUGGAGAAAAUUUGAGCAGAUGGAAGUUCAACCGGGCAGUGAACAAGUUGAAUUCUAACAUCUUGUAUCUGUGUUUUUCUCAGCACGUGGAUUUGGACCUCCUGCACCCACUACAUACACUCAGGAAUCUCAUGUACUUGGUCAGUCCAGACAGUGAAAACCUGGGAAGGUCCGGGCCAUUUGAAAUUACUGCAGAUCUGGAAGACUCGAUGGAAUUUGUAGAUCCAAGCGGAGACGGCGAGAGUGACGAUAGUGGAGAUGAGCACAUAAGCGACGAAGAGACAGAUCUGGGAACUGACUGGGAGAACCUGCCAAGUCCCAAAUUCUGCGAUAUCCCCUCCCAGCCCCUCGAGAUGUUGGACAGUCAGAGCACGAUGAUGUCUCAACCUAUAGCCAGCAGCAGCGCAGGGGGUAUGAUCUCCUCUGCUGCUGCUUCUGUCACCUCCUGGUUCAAAGCGUACACUGGUCAUCGUUAAUGGGAGGCGGAUGGAUGCGCGGACGUUAAUACCUCUCUCGUAUCUUUUUACCUUGGCAAGUUUAGGGUUUGACAUGAACAGAGAACUAAUCUCCACAGGCAACUUUAUUUCCUAGCUUUUAUUUCCUUUUACUAGGGGAAGAACUUUGAUCACUCAAAUGAUUGUGAGGAAAUCAAUAUCGGAGUCUGCACCCUUUUAAGGAAGAAAUGUUCUUCUAUUCCAGAAUAAUUCAACGUGCUGUAAAAAGUUUCCCAAUGAAGCAAGCUUCCAAAUAUUGAAAGAUUUUUAGAAUUUUGCACUAAAAAGUUGUUCAGCCAGUUACUUUGUUAUAUAGUUUCUGUUAUGUUUUGGACUUAAUACAUUGCGAUCAUCUAUUUUAAUGAUUGAAGAGCCAGAACUUAGCUGACAGAUAACAAGCAUAUGCAAAAGCUCACCUACCCACAGAGAAAGUUAUGUCACACUGUAGUUGCAUCUGUGUCUUCUGAUCAGCCAUUUUAGGCUGAAGGGGGU